AUGAUAUAUCACAAUAACAGGAGCAUUUUUCACCCAGCCACAUUUUUCCUCACUGGAAUCCCAGGUCUGGAAGACAUCCAUGUCUGGAUCUCCCUGCCAUUCUGCUCUGUUUACCUCGUGGCUUUACUGGGCAACACCACCAUUCUGCUAGUCAUCAAGGCAGAACAGAGCCUCCGGGAGCCCAUGUUCUACUUUCUGGCCAUUCUGUCAACAAUUGAUUUGGCCCUUUCUACAACCUCUGUGCCCCGCAUGCUGGGGAUCUUCUGGUUUGAUGCUCAUGAGAUUAACUUUGCAGCUUGUGUGGCCCAGAUGUUUCUGAUCCAUGCAUUCACUGGCAUGGAGGCUGAGGUCUUACUGGCUAUGGCCUUUGACCGCUAUGUGGCCAUCUGUGCUCCCCUUCACUACACGACCAUCUUGACAUCCCGGGUGCUGGUGGGCAUCAGCAUGAUCAUAGUGAUUCGUCCAGUCUUGCUUACAAUUCCAAUGAUCUAUCUCAUCUACCGCCUACCUUUUUGCCAGGCUCAUACAAUAGCCCAUUCCUACUGUGAGCACAUGGGCAUUGCAAAAUUGUCCUGUGGAAACAUCCGUAUCAAUGCUAUCUAUGGGCUGUUCGUGGUCGCUCUCUUUCUUCUGAACCUGGUCCUUAUUGGCAUCUCAUAUGUUUACAUUCUCCGUGCCGUCUUCCGCCUCCCAUCACAGGAUGCUCGGCUAAAAGCCCUGAGCACAUGUGGUUCCCAUGUUGGGGUCAUCUGUGCUUUCUACAUCCCCUCGGUCUUCUCUUUCCUUACUCAUCGAUUUGGGCACAGCGUACCAAGCUAUAUUCACAUUCUUAUCGCCAAUCUCUAUGUGGUUAUCCCACCUUCUCUCAACCCAAUCAUUUAUGGAGUGAGGACCAAACAGAUAAGAGAACGAGUGCUCUGUGUGUUUACCAAGAAAUAA